GCACAGCACAGGCACAGUAUGUGCGGUACCACUGGUACCCAGACUCUCUGGAAGUCCCAAGAACCAAUGGUGACUUCACUGCCCAACCCCGAUCGAUGCUCCUUUUUCUCCGCGACAAUCUCACCCAAUCUAGAACGACCUACUGCGCAUUCCACCACCGACCCGUACCCAAAAGUGCUGCCCUCCCUGUCUCGCCCGUCCUACGACACGCGAAAGCCUAGCUGCCUAGGUAGCCGCCUGCUUCGCUCGGUACCUGACGCGGUGCCUUGCAGAUUGCACCCACACCGUCCGCACCCUCUGGCAUCUGGACAACACAGCCGACGCGACGGGACCGAGAGUCAGUCGAGACUGCUGGCAACACCUUUGCCAACACAUCUGGUCGGUCUGGAUCGUCACCACCACCCGAAAAUAAGGCGACACCUUGGCCCAACCCAGCCUCGCCGCACGCACUCUGACCUGCCCUGCGCCCAUCGCCACGAUGGGAGUCUCGGUGAUCCAAGAACAGCAUGACAUCAUUGUCGACACCAUCAAGAACAUUACCCAGGGAGAUUGGAAAGUCCUCGUUCUCGACGAAAACUCCAAAAAGAUCAUCGACAAUGUCGUCAAGGAAGAUGACAUCCUCGACAAGAAUAUCGCCAAUAUCGAGCUGAUCGAGGACAGGCGGGAGGUGAACCCCACCAUGGACGCCGUCUACAUACUGUCGCCGCUGCCGCACAUCGUGGACUGCCUGCUGGCCGACUUUGACCGCCGGAGGUACCGCCGCUCGUUCCUGGUGUGGACCGGCGUCCUGGAGCCGCAGCUGCGCCGCCGCAUCGACUCCUCGCCCGCCGCCCGCGAGCUCAAAGCCGGCUUCGAGACGCUCUCCAUCGACUUUUACCCCAGGGAGUCCCAUCUGGUCACCUUUCGGGACCCCUGGAGCUUCCCAAUCCUAUACCACCCGGCCUGCAACCACCUCGUGCGCGAUCACAUGGUGGCUUUGGCCCAGAAGGUAACCGGACUAUGCGUCACCUUGGGGGAGUACCCCAAAGUCCGAUAUUACAAGCCCAAGAAUCCAUUACACGAAGCAAACGUGCUGUGUUCCCACCUCGCCCGCUUCAUCCAGGAGGAGUUGGAUGAGUACUCACAAUGGAACCCCAACUUCCCCACGCCAUCUUCGCGGCCGCCGGGCGUGCUCAUCGUGACGGAUCGGUCCAUGGAUCUGAUGGCGCCGCUCGUCCACGAGUUCACCUACCAGGCCAUGGCCCACGACCUGCUGAGCAUCAGUGAAGGCGAGAAAGUCUCGUACCACAUGACCAUCAACGAAGGCACGGCGAGGGCCGAGGAAAAGGACAUGGACCUGCAAGAGAAGGACAAGGUCUGGGUCGACAACCGGCACCGCCACAUGAAGGACACGAUAGACAAGCUUAUGGGCGACUUCCAGAAGUUCCUGGAUAAAAACCCGCACUUCCGGGACGAAGGAAACGGCGACGCCACCAAUCUGAACGCUAUCAAGGACAUGCUGGCGGGUCUGCCUCAGUUCCAGGAGAUGAAGGAGGCCUACUCGCUCCACCUGACCAUGGCGCAGGAAUGUAUGAACGUGUUCCAGAAGCACAAGCUCCCCGACAUCGCGUCGGUCGAGCAGACUCUGUCCACGGGGCUGGAUGAGGAUUUUAGGAAACCAAAGAACAUUCUGGAUCAGGUGGUGCGCCUGCUCGACGACGAAGCCGUCCCUCACUCGGACAGGCUGAGGCUCAUCAUGGCCUACCUGAUAUACCGAGACGGUGUCAUUCCCGACGACGUCACGAGGCUGCUGAACCAUGCGUCUUUGCCGUUGCAGAACGGCGAGGUGAUCAGCAACCUGGAGCUGCUUGGCGCGAGGACGACCCACGCCCUCAAGGACUUGCGACAGGUGCCUCCGCCACUCUUCCCACUCGACGUCAAGACUCUCACCAACCAAAACGAGGAGUACGCGCUAUCGCGAUUCGAACCCAACGUGAAGCAUAUGCUAGACCACGUGUGCAAGGGAACGCUGGACCAGACCUCGUUCCCCUAUGUCAAGCCGCCGCUGGACCCGAACGAGGACGCGGUCAUCGGCCAGGGCUCUCUGAGGGCGGCCAAGCCCAGCUGGGCUGGAGCCUCGCGUCGGACAAACGAGAACCGGCAGCGCAUUCUCGUCUUCGUGGCAGGCGGCGCCACGUAUUCCGAGGCGCGUGCGUGCUACGAGGCGUCGGCCCAACACUCGCGCGAUGUGUUCCUGGCGACGAGCCACAUGGUAUCCCCCGCGCUGUUUGUGCGCCAGGUUGGUGACCUGUCGGUCGACAAGCGCAGGCUUGAUCUCCCCCAGGAGCGACCCCGGCCCAAGGCGCCGGCACACCUGUUUGAGCGCGAGCGUCCGCCGCCGCCUCCCAUGGGGCAGCAGCAGCGGCCGGGUGGCAUCCAGGGCAUACAACAGCAGGGUCCAGGAGGACCGCGGAUGGCCGGUGCGCCCCCUCGUCCGCCGCCGCCGGGGGCAGGUGUUGGGGGUCCGGGAGGGCCGCGACCGCCAACAAACGCCAUGAGCCAGAUGAGUCUUGGAGGAGGCGGUGGUGGCGGCAGUGUAGGUGGACCCCCGAGCAAUGGGGGUGAGGAGCGGCCCACCGCCUCGCCUAGCCCCAGCCCUGCUCCUUCGGCGGGAAAGCCGGAGAAGGAAAAGAAAAAGCGGAACAUCUUUGGCAUCAAGAAGUCGUCCAAGAGCCACGGCUGAAGAACGACGCGACCAUUUUGCCGCGACGCGCGGGGCUGUCUGUGAUUGGUUCCGAUCUUGUUGUUGGAUAGCAGCAUCUCGAUCUUUUCUUUUCUCCUUGAUGAACCUCCACCUCGUAUAUCAUGUACCCCUGCUCUUCUUUUCUCUGGGAUAUGGCAUGAGCAUGGCGUUGGACGGUCUUGUAUCUAUGUAUUUUGCUGGUGGACAUGAACCGCAGUCGAAUCCCAGAGUUGUUCGCAAAUAUGUGAGGCUCAAAAGGGGUCGGUACUUUUUUAGGACCAAUCACAAAGGGCCUGGUGCCUUGUCUUUUUUCCCCCA